CGUCAUUCUCCCUCCCUCCCUCCCGUAUAGACUCUUUCUCUUUCCCCUCUUCUAAACCCUCCGAUUUCUAGACUUCCUCAUUAUUACCAAUUCCUCUCACAUUCUGGAAUGAACCAAUACCCGCAUUGUGUUCAUUCCUAGUCCUCUCCACCAUACGAUACACUUCUAUACCAUUUUCCCCACUGAUAGGACAGAUAACCUGACGCUUGGGCGCAAGUUCCGGGCUGAUCGGAACUCACAACAGAUAUGGGACAUUCGCGACGUCCGGCUGGCGGGGAGAAGAAGAGUCGGGGGUUCGGUCGCUCCAAGGCGGCGGCUGAUGUGGGUGACGGGCGACAAGCGGGCAAGCCGCAGGUCAAGAAGGCCACCUUCGAAAGCACAAAGAAGAAGGAAAUUGGUGUUUCCGAUCUCACCCUGCUCAGCAAGAUCUCCAACGAGGCGAUCAACGAUAACCUGAAGCUCCGCUUUGAACACGAUGAAAUCUACACCUAUAUCGGACAUGUGUUGGUGUCCGUCAACCCUUUCCGCGACUUGGGGAUCUAUACCGACCAAGUGCUCGACUCAUACCGGGGCAAGAACCGCCUCGAGGUCCCGCCUCAUGUGUUUGCCGUCGCGGAAUCUGCCUACUACAACAUGAAGUCGUACAAAGAUAACCAGUGUGUGAUUAUCUCGGGAGAGUCGGGAGCCGGAAAGACGGAGGCGGCAAAGCGGCUGAUGCAGUACAUCGCCAACGUAUCGGGGGGUACCGACUCGUCAAUCCAACAGACGAAAGACAUGGUUCUAGCCACCAACCCGUUGCUAGAAUCUUUUGGUAACGCCAAGACCCUGCGCAACAACAACUCGUCUCGCUUCGGAAAGUACUUGGAACUGGAGUUCAACGCCCAGGGAGAGCCCGUGGGAGCCAACAUCACGAACUACUUGCUGGAGAAGUCGAGAGUCGUGGGCCAGAUCACCAAUGAGCGGAAUUUUCACAUCUUCUACCAGUUCACCAAAGCUGCGCCGCAGAAAUACCGAGAUAAUUUUGGUGUGCAACAACCCCAGUCAUACGUAUAUACGAGUCGCUCGAAGUGCUUCGAUGUGCCGGGUGUCGAUGAUGCGGCGGAGUUCCGCGAUACCUUGAACGCAAUGGGAGUGAUCGGUAUGAGUGAAGAUGAACAAGACAACGUGUUCCGGAUGCUGGCAGCCAUUCUGUGGAUCGGAAACGUUACAUUCGCCGAGGAUGACUCCGGAAAUGCCGCCAUUACGGAUCAGUCGGUCGUCGAUUUCGUCGCAUACUUGCUGGAGGUCGAUGCCGCACAGGUCAACCGGGCACUCACCAUCCGUCUGAUGGAGACUGCCCGUGGCGGUCGCCGAGGGUCGGUGUAUGAGGUUCCGUUGAACACGGUGCAGGCCCUGGCUGUCCGCGACGCACUGGCCAAGGCCAUAUACUUCAACCUGUUUGACUGGAUCGUGGGCCGUGUCAACUCGUCGUUGACCGCUCGGGGGGCGAUCACCAACUCGAUCGGUAUCCUGGAUAUCUAUGGGUUCGAGAUUUUUGAGAAGAACUCUUUCGAGCAGCUGUGCAUUAAUUACGUCAACGAGAAGCUGCAGCAAAUCUUCAUUCAGUUAACCUUGAAGGCGGAGCAGGAUGAAUACGCACGCGAGCAGAUCCAGUGGACGCCGAUCAAGUACUUCGACAACAAGGUUGUGUGCUCGCUGAUCGAAGACAAGCGUCCUCCGGGUGUGUUUGCUGCGCUCAAUGAUGCUUGCGCAACCGCACACGCCGACUCGAGCGCUGCGGACAACACUUUUGUUGGAAGACUCAACUUCCUGGGCCAGAACCCGAACUUUGAGAACCGCCAAGGUCAAUUCAUCGUUAAGCACUACGCAGGUGAUGUCAGCUAUGCCGUCGAGGGAAUGACCGACAAGAACAAGGAUCAACUGCUCAAGGACCUGUUGAACCUCGUGGGUUCCAGUGGCAAUCAGUUCGUCCACACACUGUUCCCCAAUCAGGUCAACCAGGAUGACAAGAGACGGCCCCCGACCGCCAGUGACAAGAUUAAGGCUUCUGCCAACGACCUUGUGGCGACCUUGAUGAAGGCUCAGCCGUCCUAUAUCCGCACGAUCAAGCCGAAUGAUAACAAGGCUCCUCGGGAGUACAACGUGGGCAACGUUCUGCACCAGAUCAAGUAUCUGGGUUUGCAGGAGAACGUCCGCAUCCGUCGCGCUGGUUUUGCGUACCGUCAAACUUUCGACAAGUUUGUGGAGCGGUUCUACCUUUUGUCUCCCAAGACUUCGUACGCCGGUGACUACACCUGGACUGGCGAUGCCGAGUCUGGUGCUCGGCAGAUCCUGAAGGAUACCAGCAUUCCCGCCGAGGAGUACCAGAUGGGUCUCACCAAGGUGUUUGUCAAGACUCCGGAGACAUUGUUCGCUUUGGAGGCCAUGCGCGACCGGUACUGGCACAACAUGGCAAUCCGGAUCCAGCGCGCUUGGCGCAACUACCUGCGUUACCGGACCGAGUGCGCCAUUCGCAUUCAACGCUUCUGGCGUCGCAUGACGGGUGGCCUUGAGUUCAUCAAGCUCCGUGACCAGGGUCACCAGGUGCUGCAGAACCGGAAAGAGCGUCGGCGGAUGAGUCUGCUCGGCUCGCGUCGGUUCCUGGGAGAUUAUGUUGGGAUCGGCAACAAGGGAGGACCUGGGGAGAUGAUUCGUGAUGGUGCAGGCAUUAGCGGAUCAGAGAAUAUUCUUUUCUCGUGUCGUGGAGAGGUUCUGGUGUCCAAGUUCGGACGGUCCAGUAAGCCUUCACCUCGCAUUCUUGUUCUGACCAAUCGACAUGUAUAUAUCAUAGCCCAGACGCUCGUCAACAAUCAGCUCCAGAUCUCGUCUGAGACGACGAUACCUAUUGGAGCGAUCAAGGCUGUCAGCGCGUCCAACUGCCGGGAUGACUGGUUCUCUUUGGUGGUGGGCGGACAGGAGCCGGACCCAUUGGUGAACUGCGUGUUCAAGACGGAGUUCUUCACCCACCUCAGCAACGCUCUUCGCGGACAGCUGAAUCUGAAGAUAGCCGACCACAUCGAAUACAACAAGAAACCCGGCAAGCUGGCCACCGUGAAGGUGGUCAAGGAUCCGGGAUCUUCCAACGUGGAUAGCUACAAGAGUAGCACGAUUCACACCAGUGCUGGCGAGCCUGCCAACUCGGUGUCCAAGCCCACUCCCCGGCCGAAGCAGGUUGCCGCGCGACCCGUCACGAAAGGCAAGUUGCUGCGACCGGGCGGCCCAGGCGGCGGACCGUCGAAGCUGGCGUCGCGACCUGCACCGGCGCGUCAGCCUCUGCCCCAGCAGCCGGCAGCAGCAGCCGCCGCCGCCGUGCAACCUCCGCCGCCAGCUCCUCAACCUGCUGCGCAAGCUCGGCCGGUGCCUCAGCCCGUGGCCGCCGUAGCCGCGUCUCACACGCGCACCGCAUCAUCUGGCUCGGUGCGAGCUCCGCCGCCUCCGCCGCCGGCGAGUCCUCCAGCGCCGAAGAAAGCGACCGCCAAGGUGUUGUACGAUUUCAACAGCGACCGGUCGAAUGAACUGUCCAUCCGCGCUGGCGAGAUUGUACAAAUUGUGUCCAAGGAGGGCAAUGGCUGGUGGCUCUGCAUGAACAUGACCACGUCUGUGCAAGGCUGGACCCCAGAAGCCUACCUCGAAGAACAAGUCGUGGCCGCCGCUCCCAAACCCGCGCCGCCGCCGCCACCUCCGGCGGCUGCACGCGCCAGCCCGAUCCCCACGACCAACGGGGCCGGCGCGUCUGCGGCCGCGAAAGCCAAGGCCAAACCGGCGCCGCCGGCGCCGCCGAUGAAACGGCCUAACAUGGCGGGGCGGAAGAUGGCGCCCGCGCCACCACCCGCGCCACGGGACAGCGCGGUGAGCAUGAACUCGGCGCAGGACUCGCCGGGCGGGAGCGGGCGCGCGACGCCGAACAGCGCGUUGGCGGGGGGAUUGGCGGAAUUGUUGAAGGCGCGACAGAAUGCGAUGCAGGGGCAGCAUCAUGAUGAUGAUGAUGACGAGUGGUAG